AUUGGAAAUCACAAGGCAGAGUUUCCCCUCCCUGAAGUAACUACCAAUCAGCGUUCACGUAGUAAGUUUCCGAUGACAUAAAACAGUCUCGUACGCACAGGAAAUCUUCAUUCUAGAAUUGUUGUUGUUGGCAUAACAAGUUGUUUAAGAAAGUGACGUUUCGGUGUUUUGAAAUUUGAAAGUGAUAAUAAAAUAAUUGAUCAAAAAUGGCUUUUAUGAUGCCAGUAGUGAAAAACGAUUGGGAUAUUUACAAAGCCAAUCGUUCUCGAAGAGUUUCCGAAUGUGCGAAUCCAACGUCGUGUCGUUCGAGAAAAGUGUCUGAGUGUAAAUCAGAAGGACCAAGUCUGUCGACUUCUCCUGGAUCGGAAUUUGUAACAUCCCCGAUCCGUAGUUCUGUGCCCAGCAAUAUGUCAUCCAGACAGUACUCCAGAGCAAGUUCCAGAACUAGUGAAAGCAGCCUUCCCAGCCCCGUAAGGAAUAUGAGCAUAGGGUCAUCGCCCCCGAAGAACGACUCAGAACCGACCUUGAACAAGUUCCACAACAGACUUCUGGACAAAUUGAAGAAGUCCUUGAGGAGUGGGUCAGAGAGCGAAAAAACCAGUUCAUGAGACGCGGAAAAGGAAGGGUCGCCCUCAAAAGGCGACGGGAAAAGACUGUAGAGGUGAUUUUUUGUUUACCUAACCGGGCCAUCGAGCUACGUAUGUUCAGGUAUAGCAACUGAUCUGUUGUCCUGUGAUAUGUAGUGAAUAUAGUAGCUUUAAUGAAUUGUUUAAGUUUGCUGCUCGGUUAGUAUAUUGUUAUAUUUAUUCGAUUUUUUCACAGUAUAAUAGCGUUGAAAAAAGCAUAAGGAUUUAUAACACCAUAUAAUAAUCUGUAUUUUUUAACCUGUACUGUAAUGCGAUUUUGAGAACUUAUUGUUCUCGUAGAAUAGGUAAUUAGAUUUAUUAAUGACAAGACUGCAGAGAAAUUUAUACAUAAGUAAUUAUAAUAUUCCUCAAAACUAAAAGGAAUCAAUUAUUUUUUAAUUUGCUAUCCAAAAUCAAAAUUAUUUUGUUUAUAUUUUCUAUUUUAGAGUUGUGGAUUCUUAAUUGCCGUUAAAAAUUAGAUAAAAUCCUUGAAUAUCAGUAAUUAUAUCUUAACAUUUCUUUAGUGAUAUUGCAAAAGUUAGAUCAGAAUUGUUGAUAAAAUUUGAUUCUUUUUAUUUGAUAAAUCUUUUUUAACAUUAUUUAAGUUUGCAACAACCUAGAUUGUCUGUUUAUAAUAUAAAGCCGUGUUAGAAACAAAAAAAUAUGUACAAUAUGUGGAGUAACUUUGAGAAAACUUAUUAUAUAUCCAAAUUAAGACUAGUUUGAUAUACUAACUGUUGCAAAAUCACUACAGAUGUAUUGGUGAAAGUUUCUACUUAAGUUUUCUUUUUUUAAUUGAUGUUAAAAGUUAUGUAAAACAAAUAAUUACAUAAAUAAGAAUUCCUUUUUUCUUGAGGAUCAAAAAGCAAAUAUAUAUUUAUUAUAAGAAAUGAAUACUUCGCUUAUUAUUGUUAUACUCUAUAUAUAGCUAUAAUUGGGAAUAUAUGUGUCUUCAGAGGGAUAAAGUAUAUAUUUUUAGUGAAGAAAGAAGCUUGGGGUACUUCCAGACAAUAAUCGAGUACCUAUCACUAAAAAACCACUGCCCUCUUACAUAAGUGCUCAGAAAGAAUAUUUCUUGGUUUAAUUCUUCUUCUAUAAGUAGUUUGAAAUGUUAGUGAUUUGAUUUAGUUUCGAAUUUUUAGUAGUAAGAAAUAUUUUUUCUAUGUGUUUGAUAGUAACAUUCCAAAACCAAGUUCUAAAUUGUAUAAACGAAAAUUGUCUAACGAAUUCUUGUACAAUAAUUAGCUAAAAUGUUGAUGGUUAUUACAGUUUUUGUGUAAUUGUAAAUGGGUUGGAGAAAAAUUUAAAUUUCGUAGAUAUUGUCUCAUCUAACUUCGAUUUAUAGAUAAUUAAAAACCAAAUAAAAUUUAUUUAAUGCA